GCGCCCCGCCGUCGCAAGCCCCCUUCCAUCGCAGCUCCCAGCAUCCUCUCUCCGUCGCAAUCCACAUCCAUCGCCGUCGCAUACCUGCAAUCCAAAUCCCUCGAAAAGAUCUGUUUUGAGACUUCUCGUUGAGGAAAAUCAAAAUUCCACCACAGAUCUGGAAAAAAUUAAAAAUAUUGUCACUGCAAAUCUAGAUCUGUAGGCCUGUUACUCGAAGGGGCUCCCUGUAACUGGUUCAGGUUUUAUGCGAUUCGGCUCAGAUCAUGAUCCUCUAUCCACUGGUGAUUCAUCUCAAGCUUGUGAAGAGGCAGUUCUCGCAGCAGAUAUCCCCAGCCUUGAUAGUGUCGUAGGUGCUUCAAAUCUACGUUCUCUACGUGUUAAUGGGAGCAUUGCGAGUAAACUAGUUUCAAUUUUAAUAGAUAGUGGUAGUACCCACUAUUUCAUACAUCCAAAGAUUGUUGAGAAUCUUAAGUUGAUGGUGGAACAAGUCUCACCAUUCCGGGUGUAUGUUGGAAACAGCAAUGUGACGAAUGAUUAUGCCAACUUAACGAUGGACUUUUCAUCGGAAAACAAGGAUGUUACAUUACAGGGCAAUGUUACCACAUCUCAAGCAGUGUCACUCGAGUAGUUUUAAGCUAUUUAUGCUUCACACUCUCCAUUACAAGACUUUGAUCAUUAAUAUCUUUAUUUUUAUAUUAAUAUACUCCCUCCGUCCCACUGUCUUUGUCCACUUACCUUUUGGCACACCAUCCAAUGCACUUCUUUAAUCCAUUUUAUCUUCUAAUUUGUAUAUUAAAAAAUUAUAAAAAUUAUAUAUUAAUAAUCUAUAUGUUAAGACGAAUCAAACAAGAUCACACAUGACUAUUUUUAGGCUUACACAUUGAGAGAAUUUGAUGAGUCAAAGUGCUUAGAUGAACAAUU